AUCAUUAUUUUUUUAAUUCACGAGCCCCCGUAAUCUUUAAUCAAACUAACUUCCCCUUCUUCUUGACAUCUCUUCUCUGAUGACGUGUUUACUGCUGCGAGGGCGGGGCAACCUGUCACUCACGUGAGAUCGACCAAUACUCGAAACCACAACUCUAAUGGGACAUUAUAAAACAAAAAUGGAUUAAAUGGCUGUGGUUUGCUAUUAGUUAGAAUGUACGUUUUUUAGUUGCACAAUUCUAUCCCACUAAAAUCUGUUGAUUUCGAAGUAAUGAUUAAUUUUUGUUCGACGUUCCAGAGGAGCUGAAAUAAUGUGAUUGUCGCUUCUCACACUGCCAACUACAGCGUCACUACAGUCCGGCUUCGCUGUACUCUGUGCGCACCUGGGGAGCCGCGUAACGACGCGCAGCAUCUGCUGACGUCCGGACAUUGCGCGCGGUCCGAGCAUUCUUGAAGGUGCGUUUUCUCAGCAUCAUCACCGUGACAUCAAGAGACAGGCUGCCUCCCGGAAGAUAAAAACAUCACGCUGCACGAGACGGGGGACGUUAUGAUCGGCACGCAUUGUGGAAGCGCAAUAUUCUGUAAACUUCCUGCACAAACAGUCUGGGAUGUGACAGACAGGGGUGCCAUUGCUCUCCGAUGACAAGUGGACUGUUUUUACACCAUCCUUCUAAAUAAGGAAGCAGGGCUGUCAGACAUAUGACCACCGUCCCGAUUUGGGCGCUGCCAGAGUGCCCAUCGCAUCCCAUGAUCGCGCACAAGCCGUCCAAUAAGGCUCAGCAUGUGACCCCCAUUUCACACGUGGAGUGAGAGCAGCGUCCCAUCAUCAUCAGAUCAGUCCGGCCAGUUCUUCUCGCCGCUUGCAACUUUCUCUCUUUCUCUUUCUCUCUCGCGCUCUCUCUUCUUCCUCCCCCCUCCCCUAAUAUGAUGUCAUGUAAGGAUGAGGGUGGCUUCUGAGGUGAGAUUUCGGUGAGUGGCACUCUCUACACGACCCGAGGCUUCGGAGCUGCAAAACAUGGUCAUCACCACCUUCUCCACCUCAAGUUGUGUGUCUGCGCUCUCUGCCCGUUCUUCUGCCGCUCUCAUCUCGGGCCACCGUCGCAUGCCCGAAGUCCUGACCUGCCUCGCUAAAUUAAGCCUGCACCGCCAUGCCGAGGGAAGAAAAACUAGAAGAGGGGUAUUUUUAGUGCCAUUAAUUUUGACCACGUGCCCCGAAGGUAAACCCGAUGGCCAUUGCGCAAAGGUUCCUCAUCAGUAUGUCCUGCGAGGCCAACGCGCAACACUGGCCAAGGACUGCCGUUCUGCUCUUGGGAUUGCUCCUAGUUGGGAUUGUGUCCUCCAGUCCGCUUCCGAGUUGGACUAAUAGGACAACUUUAUUGGAGAAGCGAUGGGAGAGCCUGUUCUCCCGCUCCGUGCUGGGGAUCUCUGGAGAGAGACCGGAGCCGAACUGGGAGAAUGACUAUUUGCUGGGCAUCAAAAGAGUGCGGAGGCUGUACUGCAAUGUAGGCAUCGGGUUUCAUCUUCAGGUCCUCCCAGACGGCAAGAUAAACGGUGUACAUAAUGAGAACCAGUACAGUCUCAUAGAGAUCUCCACUGUGGCCAGAGGAGUGGUUAGCCUGUACGGUGUGAAAAGCGAGCUGUUUGUCGCAAUGAACAGCAGAGGACGGUUAUACGGAACGGCAACCUUUAAAGAUGAAUGCAAGUUCAAGGAGACCCUGCUGCCAAAUAACUACAAUGCCUACGAGUCCUCCGUUUACAAGGGAUUCUACGUCGCUCUCAGCAAACACGGCCGACUGAAGCGAGGCAACAAGGCCACCACCGCCAUGACGGUCACCCACUUCCUCCCUCGAAUAUGAGCAGACUCUUGCAAUAAUUCUUCAUUUGCACUGGUCUCCCUGAGAGAUCUGAAAACUGACACACGAACCUACAAGGAACUGCAAGAAUAUCACCAAAAUAGUACUUAUUCUUUUUUUAAUAUAUGUAUAUUUGGAUAGGCCAGCUUUUUAUUAGAAUCUAUGAAUAUGCUAUCCAUCGCUGCUUCUUUCUUUUAUAUAUAUAUAUAUAUAUAUAUAUAUAUAUAUAUAUAUAUAUAUAUAUAUAUAUAUAUAUAUAUAUAUACAAACAUAUAUCAUUGAUUAUGGAUGUGGAGGCUCUCCCAGCCUUCCUUUCCCUAGUCAGGUGCUUGCCAAGAAUCGAACAGACUCUGGGAUGGAUGAUGGAAGUCCUCCUCUGCUUUUUACAGUUUUUUAUUACCUCAAAGAGCUACCUAGAUGGUUUAAAAGAAUGCAUGAAGUUACGCAGAGACGAACGCUUGUUUAUUUUUAGUUCCGUCUGAGCCGACACAAGCAUAACGAGCCCUUAUUUUUGUAUCUUUGACAGUUAUUUUGUUGUUUUUCACGUGCUGUAGGGUUGUGUGAGCACUUAAAAGAAAGCAGAUCUCUCUUGCUGCAUGUUGCGCUGAGGUGCCUUGGCAUUCCCGCACACCGCCCCUUUAACAUGCAUGCUCCGAACGCCCCGGGGCGUCAGAAAUAGGGCUGAUAUGUUAGCCAGGGCCCCACGGGGACUCUCCCACUAGGGCCCCGGAGAGGGGCGAGGGGGAGGGGUGUGCAUCUCUGCUUUACUUUACCUUUCUCUAAUCAGAGAAUGUCGUAUGAGGCGUGAGAACAUUGAUCGAGAGGCUGCGUUCAGCAUCGUCUGCUGUCGACUAAACGUUAUCUUUUCUAGCUUUGAGGCUGUGCGUUUUAUUUGGACUAGACUUUCUUAUGUUUUUGCAGUUGAAACUGAACUUUUUUUAUAAAGAAAAUGGAGAAAAACAACAAAAAAAAAGUGAAAUUUACAGGGGAACUGAUGCAAGCGCACACUAAAAAUGGCUGGUUCAAUUAUACUAUUGCUUAUCACAGGUUUGCCUGAACAAAAGGAGCACUUGAAAAUAAGCUUUAAGCAUUGCUGUGAAUGAGAACGUCUUUGAAACCAAUGAAAAUACUGUAAAUACUGACUGUGCACUGAAAAAGCCAGUAGCCCAGAGCUUUUGUCGCUUGUUGCUAAAGGCACACUGCCAUCAAUGAUGGUAUCUGAUUCAAGGGAAUACGUGCAGUAUAUAUUUAUUUAUUUUUGCUUCUGGUGCGAGUGUAUGUGUGUGUGCACCUGUCCAUGUGGAUGCCUGUUUGUGCGCGUCUGUGUGUGAAUCCUGGUAGAGGAGGGCAGUGCCUGGGCUCUUUCCUGUUGCUGCAGAGGCACUGCAGUGGCACUAGCCGCUGCUGCUCUAUGCAAAUGUAAUUACAGGGCAGACGCUGUGUGGCAUCCAAACUGAGGGACGCUCACUGUUUUUUAUGAUUUUGGUUUGUUUGUCUUUGUUUUCAUCAGUUUCUGUCACCAAAUGUUGCCCCACCCUGGGGAGGCUUUUUCUUUAAGGCAAGAUGCUACGGGCAACAAUAUUGCUUUUUUACUGGCCCAAUUUUGAGAUUUUGGGCUGUUUGGCUUUCCACACUUUUGUUUCAGUCUAGGGGAAAGAAGGCAUUCAAAAUGGAUGUUUAAGUGUUUAUUUUAUUACACUUUAUCCAGGGCUUGACAUUAACACCCGCCAACCCACCAAACGCAGGUGGAUUUCAGCAGUGGCGUGUGACGCAGUCACUCCUACUCGGGUUGAAUUUUAUAAAUAUACAUUUUUCAAUUGUAGUCUUUUAAAAAGGCAAAUUGUAAAUUAUAAACGAAGUGCAAAAAUAUCGAUUUUUCAGAAAUAUCUGAAACACUUCUAAUACUCAUUUUCUGCAGAAUAGAUACACGAUACCAGCUGCGCUUUCUCGCUCUCUAAUCUCUCCGACAGCGAGUUGACACACAAUCCCACCUCCCCUCACUCACUCGUUUUCUCCAGAUGAAUAUUGUUGGUGUUUCAGGACUUGAAUUUCGGCAUGGGAUUGCACAUAAUUUUACUCAUUCAUGCAGAUUUUGUAAGUGCGCGCACAUAAAGCCGCCUCUCAGUACUAAAUCGAGUUCUUUUUUGCUGCUUAAACAGUCAAAUACACACAAAAUAAUGUAUUCACGUAAACACAGUCAGGUAUGUUUGAAGUGAACAUAAACAGUUGAGAAAGAAAACUCAUGUGUGACAGUACAAUGGAUCCAUGUGUCGGGUCUUAAAGUGACAGCAGCCUAAUAAACCUGCUGCCAAGUUAUGAGAUAGUAUCAAAAAUAUCUAUGUGGCAGUUUUCCCCCAUGGUAUCAAUGUCAAAAUUGUGGCCAGUGAAAAUGCUGAGUGGCCAGUAACUUUGGAAAACCACUUGUCACAGUGGCUGGUGAGCAAAAAGUUAAUGUCAAGCCCUAACUUUAUCUAUUUGCGCCUGUAGAUUCAAUUACAGUAUAUAAUACUAGUAUUACUAUUGCUAGUGUAUGGACAUCUUUAAAGGCUGUGAGUUUUUUCUUCACUUCAGCAGCACUUUAAACCCAAAGUAUACUGCGUGAACGCAGGUUGUCGACAUAUGCACUCAACAUGCAUAUUUCAUCUUUGUCCAGUGUCUGCACUAAUUUUCUUCAGAAGUUAUGCCCGAUAAAAAUGUCUUUGUAUUCUUUUAAACUAAAGGUGCAGCUGUCUCAUAACCCCCUCACACAAGCGCUGGUCAAUGCAGGCGUCUGUUGUUGUUGCAGUCUCCGGUAUUUUGUUGUUGUUGUUCCGUCUCUUUAGUUUCGUUUUCUACUGUGAAACAACAGCUCGGGCCAGUGUUGCCACCUUGUGGAACAACUGAUUAGUGCAAAACUAAUUCAAUGCGCAUGUGCGCAUACAAAGUAUGCGCGGCUUCAAAAAUCUGGUGGUGCGCGUACUAUUCUGGUGACGAAAUCUGCAUCACAAGCACUGUUUGUGGACCCUUGCAUACGCUUAAAAACCGCAGGAUACUUUGGGCUUAACUUCUACAGUUUAAUUCCUAACUAUAUUCUGAACCCCUGUUUACAAAGGGGCUUUUUAUGUCUACAACAUAAAACAAGAAUUUUGAACCUGGCUUAAUCCAGAGUUCAGAUUUCCAUUCUGGAAAGUUGUGCAAAUGAAUGCGUAUUUAAUUAGAUAAUGCCUCAUUUGAAUAUAAACACAACUUUAAGAAAACUUGCAAUACAAAAAAUGUUUGCAGUUCUUACUGUCACCAACUUAGGAAGUAUGGUGAAAUCUAUUAGUUAUUUAUUCCCCAUUCACCUUGGGUGUCUUGCCUUAAAGGGAAAUCAGAAGGAAUGACACUAUUUUAGAAAGACUUAUGGGACACCAUGGCCUGGUUGUUUGUUCAAUCUGUUUGAAGUAUGUGGGUCCUCAUGGGUGGGGGUGGAAUACCUGAGCAGAGGCCCCGCUGUUGACGUCCCUCUCGCACAUAGACGGUCUUGUAAAAGCCACGGUGCUCAGAAGCCUUGAGAUUCCAGUAGCACAAGGGUUCUUUCCGGUUUUCUAUCCAACUUUAGUCCAAGGUCGUAGCCAUGCAGAGGAGCUGAACUGGUCAAAAAUGUCCGUCCAAGGUCUCAUUUCCCUUUCUCAUUAUUCCAAAAUCACUUUAAAUACAGGUCCGUUAUAGUCUGAUAGCGUUUAUUUGGAUCCUGAGUUCUUUCCUGCUGACUAAAACAACCAUCUACAUUCAAUUAACAUGAAAGCAAAAUCAUCCCUAUUUACUUUUUCCAUGCCUGUUCCUGGUCCGUGCACGAUUUAUUGGUCAACAUUAUUCCAAAGAAACAGUAGUUUGUCUCUGUAUUGUCAAAAUGGUAUGUAACAGCCGCUUUUCAUGACUUAAAUAAUCUCUGAUGGAUUUUUUACAGUUUUCACUCAGAAAUUCAUCACAUUACAGAAGUAAAAUAGGUUGUAGUUUCAUGUUAACUUUAAGCAUGUGAAAUCACCACAAAUCAGACAAAUCCAACCCAAUCUUGUGGAACAAGUAACUAUUUUAAGAUAUGCCAAUUAUGUAUGAAUUUUUAGAAGAAAAAAAGCAUGAAGCUUCAUCACUAAACCUAACUGUCAGUUAGUCAUACAAAAGCGUACAAAUGAGAUCCUACAAAUUCACCAAAACGUAAAAUAGUUAUGAACUGCAGUCGGAUUAUGUUGGCCGAAUCCAGUAGUAAUAUAACCUUAUUGGGUAAUUAAAGUGCUCUGUUAUGCUAUUUUAAAGGUUCCUAAUUUUGUUUUGGAGUCUCCUACAACAGGUUUACAUGCUUCCAAUGUCAAUCAACACUUUAAUUUUCUCAUAAUAUACAUUGCACGUCACCUAAUUUCUCACAGUGUCUGAAACGGUUCGUUCAAAGAUUC